AUGGUACAGUCGGCGUCUUCGUCAGCAGCCAGCUCUGCUUCCAGUGGCAGCCGACAGAAGCUGGAUCCCGUCACACGCAAUGCGCUUCGGUAUACCGUUAGCGCGAAAGAGUAUGAAGUAUUGCAUCAGUACCUCGCUUCACGCGCCCCCUCGGUGCAAAAGCGUGCUCUUCCACCACGCAAAUAUGAGGCCAUAGUACAAACCAAACAUGAUGCCAGCGUCUCAACAGUACGAGCCAGUCUGCGCGUCUUUGCCAUGACCUAUGCCGCCCUUAAGGGCUGGGAUGUUAUCUCGCGCAGACUACGGCCUAACAACACAAACACAAAGAACACAGGCCCAAAAGCAUCCAAUCUGCGCCUGUCAGCCUCGUUGUCUCUCAUCCUACUCUUCCACAGACUACUAUACCGCUUCUUCCUCCGUCUCCGCGCUUCGUUACUCGAGCCCUCUGCCCGUCCCUUCCGCCGUCGAAAUCCUCGAAUCAGUCUCGGUUUGACAUCGCGAUACACACCUGCCGUGGGCGCAGCACUGUCUGGUCUCUUUCUAGGCGUGUGCCCUGCCUCUCAGCUGCGCAUCAGCGCCGCAAUCUACGCCUUCAGUCGGUCGCUCGAAUUUGCCUACAACGCUGCCGAAGAGAAGGGUAUCUGGGGGAAGAGAGGCAAGCCAGACUGGGUAGGAAGCUGGAUGCUCAUGCCGUUUGCUUGUGGUCAACUUUUGCACGCUUUCGUUUUCGACCGGGAAUGCUUUCCUACAAACUAUGGCAGCUUCAUCCUGAAACGCAGCCCCGAAUAUAUCCAGCAAAGACCAUCCACAUAUCCCGCCGACAAGGCCUGGCCUGCCACGUUCGAUAUUGUCGAUGGUCUGGCUGAAAUCUCGCGCCUCCGUUGGCCGGCUUUCGUCUCUCCAAUCCUCUUCCCUGCAGCUAAACAAUAUCUACCUGCGUCAAUUUCGCAUCUAUCGCCCAUCACUGCACCGGCCCACCCUGCCAUCACGAAUACUUCCUGCGCUCUCUUACAUCCUCACGACCCGUCAUGCAUGCGAACAUACGUCAAAUACUUCAUCGCCGCUUUUCCUUCCACCGCCCGCUUCUUCACCGUCAUCUAUGCUGUCUUUGCUCUCAUGUCUUACAAAUCUUUCAUCCAAAACCCUAUGCAACAGCUUAAUCGCUUAGCUGCCAAGAUCCUGCGUAUGUCUCUCUUCAUCACCGGAUCCAUCGGCACAGCAUGGGGAAGCAUUUGUUUGUUCGCAACAUAUCUGCCUCGCAACACUCUGGCCACACAACGCUGGUUCCUCAGCGGUUUCCUCGGUGGUUUUUGGGCUUUUGUUGCUAGAAGAGGUCAGCGUAGCAGUUUCAUCUACUCUGCACGAAUGAGUCUUGAUUCCUUCUGGAAAGUUGGCGUCAAAAGGGGUUGGUGGAAGGGGGUCAAAGGCGGAGAUGUUAUGCUCUUUGCCACCAGUCUGGCGCUUAUCAAUGCCUUGUAUGAGACGCAACCCAAGGCUGUCAGAGGCGCUAUGAUUCGCAAGGGUAUGGGUGUACUGAGGGGUGAGGGAUGGGUUGACCGCACAGUCACUCAGGAAGAGCAGAACAUACCUCCAUCAGAACUUGAAGAGAAGAAGGAGGAGUAG